UCAAACUAGAGGACAUGAUUUGAGAGUUAGGGGGCAGAAGUUUAAGGGAAACACAAGGGGGUAUUUCUUUACUCAGAGAGUGAUAGCUGUGUGGAAUGAGCUUCCUGUAGAAGUAGUAGAGGCCAGUUCAGUUGUGUCAUUUAAGGUAAAAUUGGAUAGGUAUAUGGACAGGAAAGGAGUGGAGGGUUAUGGGCUGAGUGCGGGUAGGUGGGACUAGGUGAGAUUAAGGGUUUGGCACAGACUAGGAGGGCCGAGAUGGCCUGUUUCCGUGCUGUGAUUGUUAUAUGGUUAUAAAAAGGGGGGAAGAGCACCAGAGAGAGGCGAUAGGCAGGCAAGGAGAUAGGGGGAGAGAGGGUAAAAAGGAUGGGCAAUGGUGAAGGGGGGGAGCCUUUAUCGGAAGUUCAAGAAAUCGAUGUUCAUGCCAUCAGGUUGGUGGCUACCCAGACGGAACAUAAGGUGUUGCUCCUCCAACGUGAAUGUGGCCUCAUCGUGACAGCAGAGGAGGCCAUGGAUGGACAUGCUGGAAUAGGAAAGGGAAGUUGAACGAAAAUGGGUGACCAGUGGGAGAUCCCGCUUUUUGUGGCGGAUGGAGCGUAGGUGCUUGGCGAAGCAGUCUCCCACCUCUGUGAUCUUUCUCCUUGCAUGCAGGCUUUCUGCCAGGCUGGCUAAUGCACCAAGUAUUGGAAUAUGGACACUCAUCAACUUUCAUCUGUAGGUGUGCUCAUCAAAGUCCUCACCUGAGCCCUCUGUAGUACAUCUCAUGGCUUCAGGGGCGCAGGCACCUUUACUAAUCUUUCCCAAAGUCAUAGUAACUCACCUUGUACAUAUAAUCCUGCUUCUAAACCCCAAGAGACUCUCUGCUGGCUGCUACAAAUAAUUGGAUGAUUUUACCUUAAGUCUUUUCUCCCCAUUCUUCUUUCUCCUGUUAAGGUGGAAGUCCAUGGCUGAACAGGAGCUGCACAGUACAGGGGUAGGAUUUUGAUGAGGUUUGGCUGAACGUUAAGAGUUUUUUUGCUAACACUGCAAGUAGCCUGUGUAUCAGAAGGAUGGGAAUGUACUUGGAUGCAAAAAGAUUAGCAUGAAGAAUUUGACUUAUUUGUUAGCCUAAAAGCUGUCCCUAAUCACUGGUAUUUGAAUGGCCAGUACAGUUACAGCAAGUUCUCUGUUAUCCAAGGAGCAAUGUUAAGCAGUUACACUAAUUCCCCAGAUGUCAGCUGCAAAUGGUGUAAGUUGUGUGCUAGUUUAUCCUGCAAGAAAAAGGGAAACUUUAAUGAGUAUUGCAUAAUUUGCUUGGGUUAUCUGAUUUAACAGUGCAACAAAGCUAUAUGUAUGCAGAUUUAAUAUUUGUGGUCGUGGUGGGGCACAAAACUGGUGCUGAUUGAUAGAAUUGUCAGAGGAUGAUGAGGAUAUGAGUUGUAUUGAGCAGGGGGAAAUGUUGCUGAUGCAUUUGGUAGCACAUAAUAUUUGAAGAUAUGUUCAUUGACCAUACCUUGAUCAUAUGUGUAAAGUGGCUAAAUACCUUGAACAUGGCAUUCUAAAUUUCUGGGCCUUGGUUCCUUGAUAUGACUCCAAAAGCUUCUCCUUCCUAAGCCAUUUUAAGUGUUGGCUUCACAAUCACUUCACUGAUGCUGCCACAAAGCACAGCAAACUACCACCAACUAGUAUAGGGAGUUUAAAAAAAACACAAUUUAAAAUGCAUCCAUGGUGUGUAAGUCAGGCAAUGUCUGUUAUCAGAGGUUUGACUUCGAAUCAUCACACUGAGGCAGCUGCAAUUUGGUAUGAACAAGAGAUUCUGCAGAUGAUGGAACUCGAGCAACACACACAAAGUAUGGAUGAAUCUCUUUUAAGGAACAGGAAGAAAAAAUUCAAAGGAACUAUGCAGGAUCCCAAUGAAGAUACUGAAUGGAAUGAUGUCCUGCGAAGUUUUGGUAUUAUCCCUCCAAAAGAGCAGCCAAGGGAUGAAGUUGAAGAAAUGGUUUUACGUUUACAGGAGGAAGCAAAAGUUAAGCCCUAUGAACGGAUGAAUCUUGCAGAGCUAAAAGAAGCAGAGGAUGAGUUUGAUGAAGAGGAUGAACGUGCUAUUGAAAUGUACAGAUGCCAGAGGAUGGCAGAUUGGCAGGCUGUACAGAGAAAAGCUAGAUUCGGUGAGUUGGCUGAACUCCAAGGAGAUGAGUAUGUUAAGCAAGUCACCUAUGCAGGAGAAGAUGUAUGGGUCAUCCUCCACCUUUAUAGACCUGGCAUACCAAUGUGUAUUUUGUUCAACCAUCACUUGGGCCAGCUCGCUAAGAAAUAUCCAGAAGCAAAAUUCAUGAAGGCUAUUGCGAACAUCUGUAUCCCCAACUACCCAGACAAAUAUUUACCAACAAUAUUUGUGUAUUUUGAGGGUGCAAUGAAGGCUAGGUUUAUUGGAGUGGAAUGUGGAACUCCAGAUAUGAAGUUGGAAGAGCUGGAAUGGAAGCUAGCAAACACAGGGGCAAUAAAGGCAGAUUUAGAAGAGAGCCCCAAAAAGACUGUGGACAUGACGGCAUCAUCAAUAAAAAAUGGUUCUGUUAAAUAUAAUAACGAAAGUGACGAUGAGGAAGCCUGACUUUGUUAGCAAAUGUUACCAGAUCAUUAAUUUUGAUUAAAUAUGAUGUUACAUAAAAGUAUUUUCACAUUUUUCCAUUUUGACAUAAAUCCACAUGAUUGUUAGCUUUGGAUAGCUGUCUUUGUUAAUUUUGACAUACCAGUUGAAUA